CGCAGUAAAGGCUACGUACACACGGCUCACUCGCUCAAUGUUUACCGAGCGUUUGCGCUCCGUUGGAGACCGAAAGCGGGCCUUUCUGUGCGGUUUAUCACGGGAUGAGGCUGUAAAAGAUAAUAAACACAUUUUGAUUCAUUUGGGCUGUGAUUCACCGACUCAUUUCAAAGAGUCGUUCAGAAAGAAGGAUCUGUUGGUGAAUCUUGGCAGGUGAGCAGGAUGAGCGCGUGGGUCCUGGGGCUGGACGUGUGCGGCUGUGCGCUGCUGGCGUUCCUGCUGCUGCGUCGCUAUGGUGACCUGGCCAAGCAGCACCGCAUGGUUCUGCUGGCCACACUGCUGGCCUGGUGCCUCUGCUUCAUCAUCGUCUUCACCAUCCCUCUGGACGUCAGCACGACGAUCUAUAAUCAGUGCGUGAUCGAUAAACACCAUGUGGUCAGCACGACAGUGAGCCGCCCCAAUCAGACGGACAACUCCUCAGUGUUUCCCACAGAGAGUGCACCUAAAGUCUGUGAUAAACCCUGGGGCUACAUUCCGGAUGGGAUUCUGCCCGUGUUCUGGAGGGUGGUGUACUGGACCUCACAGUCCCUGACAUGGCUGCUGAUCCCCUUCAUGCAGUCGUACGCUCGGUCCGGCGCCUUCUCCAUCUCUGGGAAGAUAAAAACAGCUCUGAUUGAAAACGCCAUCUACUACGGCACCUACCUGUUCAUCUUCUGCUCUCUGCUCAUCUACGUCGCCGUCAGCCCUCAGUGGCACCUCUCCUGGUAUGACCUGCGCACCAUCGGCAUCACGGCGGCUAAUACGUGGGGGCUGUUCCUGCUGGUGCUGUUGCUAGGAUACGGGCUGGUGGAGAUCCCACGCUCCUGCUGGCUGGCGUCGUGCCACGGACACCUGCUGGCCAAAACCUAUUUUAAAGUGGCCAAACUGAUGACGGAGAAAGCAGACGCUGAGGAGAACCUGGAGGACGUCAUGGAGGACGUUAGAGGAGUUAAUGAAACCAUCAAGUACAACCAUCCACUGAGGAAGUGUAUCGACACCAUCCUGAAGAAGUGUCCUGUGGACUACCAGGAGAAGCUGGGGAGGAAUAUGGACGACUAUGAGGAUUUCGAUGAUAAGAGGAACCCGUGUCCCAACAAGAAGAGCCUGGUCAAGCUCCAUAAACAGGUGAUCUACGCGGUUCAGAGACAUAACCGCACGCAGGUGCAGUGGCAGAUCCUGUUGGACGAAGCCUUCCACCUGGAGGACGUGGCUAAGAACGAGACAAGCUCCGCCCACCAGUUCAUCCACAGCUUCCCUUCAUCCCAGCCCUCCAGCUGGUUCAGUAAAUUCAUAUACACUCCCACCGCAGAGUGGUACUGGGAGUGUGUGCUGCGGCGCUGGUGUUACCGUGUGCUGGCCGUGGGGCUGAGUUUGAUGUCCGUGGCCGUGGUGUGGUCAGAGUGCACAUUCUUCAGCACUCAGCCUGUUCUGUCACUCUUCGCCAUCUUCAUACAGCUGGCUGAGAGACAGUACAACUACCUCUACAUACAGGUGGCGUGUUUUAUCACCAUAAUCUUCCUGUGCUACUGCGUGUACUCCACUGUGUUCCGGAUCCGAGUGUUUAACUACUACUACCUCGCUCCCCAUCACCAGACCGACGCCUACAGCCUGCAGUUCAGCGGCAUGUUGUUCUGCCGUUUGACUCCGCCCCUCUGUCUGAAUUUUCUGGGAGUGAUCCACAUGGACUCCAUCAUCUCCCACCAGCAGAGACAGCAGACCAGCUACACUUCAAUUAUGGGUUCUAUGCGGGUUCUGUCGUUCAUCGCUAACGGGUUUUAUAUCUAUUACCCAAUGCUCAUAGUGCUCCUCUGUAUCGCCACCUACUUCAGUUUAGGGACGAGGUGUUUGAACCUUUUGGGCUUUCAGCAGUUUAUGGGAGAGAGUGAUCUGACCUCUGACCUCGUAGAUGAAGGGAAGGAACUCAUCCGCAGAGAGAGGAGGAAGAGACAGAGGAGUGAGGAUGGAGAGAACAGACGGAGGGAGUGGAGGGAGAAAUACACGACUCGGAGCCAGAACUCGUACUCUGAGCUCAGAGAGAACAACGCCAGCAAUGACCACAGGAGAGGUCACAGUCAGUCCCGUAGAGAGCGGGGUGACCAGUCUGAGUUACUGCAGGAUGUCGAGCCGCUGGACUUUAACGGAGACGAUCCACAGGAAAUGGAGGACAGGAGCAGGUAUGUGGGUGGACGUUAUCUGUCCACCUCCAGCUCGCGGACGCGUAUCUUUGAUGAUGUGUGAAAGUGAGGGAUCAUGAAGGAAAGAGAGAGAGAACGACAGAAUUUGCACUUUUUCACCUCCUGCUGUUUUGUGAAGUGACCGACUGCCCAGUCCGGCCUGCCUCUCUGUGUGUGUGUGUGUGUGUGUGUGUGUGUUUCUAAACUGGUGUAAUGUGUGGGUGUGGUCAGUAGGGGGCAAUGAAGGGGACCACACUGUGUCUCUGUUGCCUAGCAACAGCAGCAUCCUCUUAAUUAGCAGCUUUCAUCGUCAGUUACCCAGUGAUGCUCUGAAAUUCAGGACCCACAGUGUGUUUUGUGGCUGUUUGCGAUGAGCCGAGUGUCCAGACGGCGCCGGCUCUGCGGGACUUUCUGAGUCCUGCUGUUUCGCUGUGUAUCGAGUCCCGUUUACAGGUGAUAUCAGAUCAUUUUAUUACACAUCUUAUUACUGUUACACAGCCACCUCCAACUGUAAACAAACAAGGCUUUGGUCCUCAGAAAGCGCACAGUGUGACCCCCCCCCAAACGAGGAGGCGGGUUCUGAUGAAUGUGUUUUGUGUUUUGUACUCUGAGCCGACUGAUUAACGUAUUUACAGACAUGUUGCACUUAAACUCAUAACUGCCCCAUUUACAAACACAGCUACUGUAGUUUAAGCUAUUUAUAGUCUCACUGUUAUUCCCUGUUAUUACUUUAUAUUCUUUUCUCUUUUUAUUCUUAUCGAUUGUGUUCAUUUGAAUGUGAUGAAGCAGUUUAGUCUCCGGCCAGUAGGGGGAGCAGGAGGGUUUCAUAUUUAUCGUGUUUGAGCUGUUAAUGCAUCACAUACACAGUGCAUCACGUCACUCAGCGUCCAGAUGAGGAGGUUCUCUGAGCAGCCCAGGCUGUUCUUCAUCUACAGGAGCGUCUGAGGGGGGUUUGAGGGGCGGAGCUGCCCACCGGCGUGACCUCACUGUCCUCACUGUUCUGUAACAGAUCAGAUUAUAUAUAUUUAGAUCUGAUCUUCUGCUCUGUUCCUCACUCUGUUACAGUGAAAAUGAAGGGAUUUAAUUCUGUAAAACUGUGAACUGCUUUAAUCUCAUCCACCACAGCGGGGUCUGGCCUUCAUGCAGUCGUGACCUUUGACCUUUGCGCCCCACGCUGACCUCCUAAGCCACCUGGGAAGAUUCUAGAAUCGUUUAUAAAGCAUUACGAAGUGUUAUAACUGCUCUCCUGCAGCUGUGGCACUGGUUACUGUGUUUAUCUUACUGACCUUAUCUUUUAUGUUGUUUUGUUUGUUUUUGGGGGUCUUUCGGUGCCUUGGUCAGUAACGGGGGUCUGACCGUGUCCCGGUUUCCUCUCUGAGUGUAGUUCAUCAUGGAGCUCCUCUCUAGAAUCAGUGUGGAGGAUCUUUAAUGAGAGAUCAUUUCUGAUUGAUUUGUAUUGAUCUUUCUCUCCGGAUUGAGACGUGGUUUGUUGUCUGUUUCUGGAAAUACCUCAAAUAAACACUUCCAGAUAUGA